AUGACCGUGUGUUUGUGGAUGGGGGCUCAUGCGCUGGCGCUGUUUCUGCUCCUCACACCUGCGCAGAGUCUUCCCCUGCCCACUGUAAACGCCACACAGCCAGUGCUGAUGUUCCAGGAGGUGUGGGGCCGCAGCUUCUGUCGCACCAUCGAGCAGCUGGUGGAGGUGGUGCAGGAGUACCCGUCCCAGGUGGAGUACAUCUACAGCCCGGCCUGCGUGCCCCUAGUGCGCUGCUCCGGCUGCUGCGGCGACGAGAAGCUCCAGUGCCAUCCCACCCACACCAGCAACGUCACCAUGCAGCUUCUGAAGAUACGGCCGUCAGAGCCAGGGCAGGAAUAUGUAGAGAUGACCUUUGUGGAGCACCAGACAUGUGAAUGUAGAAGCAGGAAACCUGAGGUGAAAGUACAAAGGAAGAGGCAACGAGGAAAAGGACGGAAGAGAAAAGAAAAGCAAAAACAGAAGGAAUGUGAGAGUUGCCAGGUCCCACGGAGGCACAGUGUUGAGGGCAGUGUUGAGGGCAGUAUUGAGGGCAGUGUUGAGGGCAGUGUUGAGGGCAGUAUUGAGGGCAGUGUUGAGGGCAGUAUUGAGGGCAGUGUUGUGGGCAGUGUUGAGGGCAGUGUUGAGGGCAGUGUUGAGGGCAGUGUUGAGGGCAGUGUUGAGGGCAGUGUUGAGGGCAGUGUUGUGGGCAGUGUUGUGGGCAGUGUUGAGGGCAGUGUUGAGGGCAGUGUUGUGGGCAGUGUUGAGGGCAGUGUUGUGGGCAGUGUUGAGGGCAGUAUUGAGGGCAGUGUUGUGGGCAGUGUUGAGGGCAGUGUUGUGGGCAGUGUUGAGGGCAGUGUUGUGGGCAGUGUUGUGGGCAGUGUUGAGGGCAGUGUUGAGGGCAGUGUUGUGGGCAGUGUUGAGGGCAGUGUUGAGGGCAGUAUUGUGGGCAGUAUUGAGGGCAGUGUUGAGGGCAGUGUUGAGGGCAGUGUUGAGGGCAGUGUUGAGGGCAGUGUUGUGGGCAGUAUUGAGGGCAGUGUUGAGGGCAGUAUUGAGGGCAGUGUUGAGGGCAGUGUUGUGGGCAGUGUUGAGGGCAGUGUUGUGGGCAGUGUUGAGGGCAGUGUUGUGGGCAGUGUUGUGGGCAGUGUUGAGGGCAGUGUUGAGGGCAGUGUUGUGGGCAGUGUUGAGGGCAGUGUUGAGGGCAGUGUUGAGGGCAGUGUUGAGGGCAGUAUUGUGGGCAGUGUUGAGGGCAGUGUUGAGGGCAGUGUUGUGGGCAGUGUUGUGGGCAGUGUUGAGGGCAGUGUUGAGGGCAGUGUUGUGGGCAGUGUUGAGGGCAGUGUUGAGGGCAGUGUUGAGGGCAGUGUUGAGGGCAGUAUUGAGGGCAGUGUUGAGGGCAGUGUUGUGGGCAGUAUUGAGGGCAGUGUUGAGGGCAGUGUUGUGGGCAGUAUUGAGGGCAGUAUUGAGGGCAGUGUUGAGGGCAGUGUUGUGGGCAGUAUUGAGGGCAGUGUUGAGGGCAGUGUUGUGGGCAGUAUUGAGGGCAGUGUUGAGGGCAGUGUUGGGCAUGUUGAGGGCAGUGUUGAGGGCAGUAUUGUGGGCAGUAUUGAGGGCAGUGUUGAGGGCAGUGUUGAGGGCAGUGUUGAGGGCAGUGUUGAGGGCAGUGUUGAGGGCAGUAUUGUGGGCAGUGUUGAGGGCAGUAUUGAGGGCAGUGUUGAGGGCAGUGUUGAGGGCAGUGUUGAGGGCAGUAUUGUGGGCAGUGUUGAGGGCAGUAUUGUGGGCAGUGUUGAGGGCAGUAUUGAGGGCAGUGUUGAGGGCAGUGUUGAGGGCAGUGUUGUGGGCAGUAUUGUGGGCAGUGUUGAGGGCAGUGUUGUGGGCAGUGUUGAGGGCAGUGUUGAGGGCAGUGUUGAGGGCAGUAUUGUGGGCAGUAUUGAGGGCAGUGUUGAGGGCAGUGUUGAGGGCAGUGUUGAGGGCAGUGUUGAGGGCAGUGUUGAGGGCAGUGUUGAGGGCAGUGUUGAGGGCAGUGUUGUGGGCAGUGUUGAGGGCAGUGUUGAGGGCAGUGUUGAGGGCAGUGUUGAGGGCAGUGUUGAGGGCAGUGUUGAGGGCAGUGUUGUGGGCAGUAUUGAGGGCAGUGUUGAGGGCAGUGUUGAGGGCAGUGUUGUGGGCAGUGUUGAGGGCAGUGUUGAGGGCAGUGUUGUGGGCAGUGUUGAGGGCAGUGUUGUGGGCAGUGUUGAGGGCAGUGUUGAGGGCAGUGUUGAGGGCAGUGUUGUGGGCAGUGUUGAGGGCAGUGUUGAGGGCAGUGUUGUGGGCAGUGUUGAGGGCAGUGUUGAGGGCAGUGUUGAGGGCAGUGUUGAGGGCAGUGUUGUGGGCAGUGUUGAGGGCAGUGUUGAGGGCAGUGUUGUGGGCAGUAUUGAGGGCAGUGUUGAGGGCAGUGUUGAGGGCAGUGUUGAGGGCAGUGUUGAGGGCAGUGUUGAGGGCAGUGUUGAGGGCAGUGUUGUGGGCAGUGUUGAGGGCAGUGUUGUGGGCAGUGUUGAGGGCAGUGUUGAGGGCAGUGUUGAGGGCAGUGUUGUGGGCAGUGUUGAGGGCAGUGUUGAGGGCAGUGUUGUGGGCAGUGUUGAGGGCAGUGUUGAGGGCAGUGUUGAGGGCAGUGUUGAGGGCAGUGUUGAGGGCAGUAUUGUGGGCAGCAGCAGUGACGCGGAGUCCAGAGCUGACACUGUAUUUGGACUGAAAUCCUCUCUGAACACGUCUCCUGUUGCUCGCUGCACGGAGCCAGGAUGA